AUGAUAGAUGUGAUCAGAAUAUUUAGUAAAGGAGGACUGAUUUUGUGGUCUUACGACUUUUAUGAAAUCGAAGAUGUAACCAUACGAACCAUUGUAAAACAAGCACUAAUAGAGGAAAAAUAUGAAGAAUUUAGUAAGAAACACAAUAAGUUUCAUGCGAAAUGGAAAUUAUUAAAUGAUGUGGAUAUAGUUAUCCUUAUUGUUUAUGAAGGAAUACAAAAUUCAGCAUACUUGCAAAAUUUAUUUUUAAAAAUUAAAAAAGCCUUUGUAAAAAUUUUGCCAAAAAAUUUAAACUACUUUGAUAUUGACAUUCCUCUAAAUUUUGACAAGCCAUUUUUGAAAAUAGUGGAGGAUGUAGAAGCCAUAUUAUCAUCCACUCCUUCAGCAGGAUCCUCUGAUAGAAAGAGUCUUCUUCAUAAAAAUAGAGGAAGCAUAAACAGAAGAAGAGGCAAGAAAGACAGAGAGAACAAAAGCAGUUAUGAAAAAAAUGUUAGUGAUGAACGUAAUGAAAGUGAACACACAAAUGCAGAUAGCUGUUCAUAUGAUAGCGAUAAAAAUGAUGAUGCUCAUGAUGAUGAUGAAAUAAAAGGGAAGAACAAGCAUGGGGCAGAAAAAAUGGAAAGACAUAAAUACACCAAACAGAAAAGUGAAGAAGAUGAUAAAACUAUCGAUGAUGAUGAUGAUGAAUGCAGUGUUAAGCGAAAAGGAAAAAGUAAAAAAAAAAGCGCAAGAGAAUGGGAAUUAAGUAAAAAAGUAACGAAACGAGAUAUAGACAAAUUAGAUUUUUCAAAAAAUGAAAAGAUUUCAACAAAUUUUCAAGAAAUGAACAAAUAUGAAGGAGAAUUUGAAGAUUCAAGUGAUUGCAAUAUAGAUACCAAAAACAACCUCUUAAAUAAGUUAAAUGAUUCCAUUUUAAAAGUAUUUUCUUACAAUAGCAAAAUAGAAGAAAAUGAUAUAGAAUCCAUUUUACAAGGAAUUAAAAACAAACUGCUUUCAAAAAACGUUGCAGUAGGUAUAUGUGACACGUUAAUAGAUAAAAUGAAGGAAAAUUUAGUUGGAAAAAAAAAAACACUAUUCUCCAUGAAUGUUAAAAAAACAGUUUCAACAGUUCUAUCAGAAACCAUACAAUCUAUACUCAUACCCAAAGAAUCUGUAGACAUACUACGAUCAGCGUUAGAAGCAAAAUCCAUUGGGAAAUUAUAUUCAAUUGUUUUUCUAGGUGUAAAUGGAGUUGGGAAAUCAACAAAUUUAGCAAAAGUUUGUUAUUAUCUUAAAAGCAAAGGAAAUUUAAAAAUCAUGAUCGCUGCCUGUGAUACUUUUAGAGCCGGUGCUGUAGAACAAUUAAGAACACAUGCUAAUUGUUUAGAUGUAUUUCUAUACGAAAAAGGGUAUGGAAAAGAUGCAGCUGCAAUUGCCAAAGAAGCAAUUUCUUAUGCCAAAAAGGAAAAUUAUAAUGUUAUAUUAAUUGACACAGCUGGAAGAAUGCAAGAUAAUGAACCACUCAUGAGAUCCCUAGGAAAACUUAUUUUAAUUAAUAACCCAGAUUUUAUUUUAUUUGUUGGUGAGGCAUUAGUAGGAAAUGAUGCCAUUGAUCAAUUGAAAAAAUUCAAUCAAGCAUUAACAGAUGCUACUUGUAAUGCCAAUAAAAGGACUAUUGAUGGAAUACUGCUAACAAAAUUCGACACAGUCGAUGAUAAAGUUGGUACAGCACUCUCUAUGGUUUAUCUCACUGGGAAACCCAUCGUUUUUGUCGGCAUAGGACAAAAGUACACACACUUGAAGAAGUUAAAUGUCAAUAUGAUUGUCAAGGCGCUCGUUUAA